AUGACUUCCGAUACCAAAAUCAAAAAGGUACAUCACAACCAUCAUCAAUUCACGCUCCGUAUGAGAAUACUGAGAGAGAGAAUUCUCUCAUCUAUUAAACAAGCACAUUGUAGGCUCUCUUCCAAGUCAUCGGAUCACAGUAGUGAUGAUGGAAAUUCAUUGAUCUCCUCAUUAUUUUGGAAUAACAACAAGAGUAAUAACAAAAGUGAUACAGCAACAACAACAACAAAUCAAUCACUCAUUUCUGAAAAUACUCGAAAAUUAUUGUUGUCGGAAACUAUUACGAAAGAUGAUACCGAUUUCAAAAACAAUUUUGGCACAUUGUUCAAACAAUACGCGCACGAUCAAGGCCGUCACGAAAGAAUUUCAUAUGGAGUAAGAAGGAAGAUUGUCAAUAGAAAAACAUUGAGAGAUUUACCCAUGUUGGUAACUUGUUUAGAUAUGGAAUGGAAUAGCUUUCCAACUGUUAUGAAUGCAACAACUAUGAUUAGAAGACUUCUUUCAACAGAAAGAGAUCCUCCCAUCGAUGAAGUCAUUCAAUCAGGCGCCAUGGCAUACUUUGCUCAAUUUUUGGAUUUUAACGAGAUUCAAAAACAUUUUAAUGUGAACUUUUUGUCACAGGUUCCAAAACUUUUUUCGCAGACCUAUAAACAUGUACAAGGAAAAAGAACAAUCACUGAUCGUCAACUCUAUGAUUUGAUGCUUGAAGCAGCAUGGGCUAUGACAAAUGUGGCAUCUAGCACCAGUGUGCACACUCGCUACGCAGUCGAAAUGGGUGCUAUUUCAAAAUUCAUCCAACUAAUCCCAAUCGAGGACGAUGAAGUACGUUCUCAGGUAAUUUGGGGACUCGGAAAUAUCGCAGGUGAUUCAUGUGCUAUGAGAGAUCUUGUUCUGGAAUUAGGAGCAAUACCGUUAUUACAUGAGGAAAUCGUUAGACCUUUGAAUCGCCUAUCUAUCAAACGAAAUGCAACCUGGACACUUUCUAACCUUUUGCGAGGAACCCCUAUUGUUUCUUUUGAAUAUGUGAAACAAUGCCUUCCAACCAUUGACAAAUUACUUGAUGAAUCGGACGAGGAGGUUCUUACUGAUGCUUGUUGGGCUGCAUUUUACGCAAGCGAUGGUCCAAUAGAACGAUUACAAGCUUGUGUCGACCAAGACUUUAUUCCAAAGAUUAUCAAGCAUGUAAAAUCCUCUCUCGCAGCGAUUCAAACCCCUGCACUCAGAACACUAGGAAAUAUUAUAACAGGUGAUGACCAGCUGACUCAAGCAGUGCUCUCUGAAAAUUCUGGAGAAUUUGUCAAAUUUUUACCAACUUUACUAGACCAUCCAAAACAGUCGUUGAGAAAAGAAACAAUGUGGGUUAUUUCGAAUAUUGCAGCUGGUAAUGUUUCCCAAAUUCAGCAACUUAUUGAUGGCGGAAUUGUAACAAAAGUUAUCGAGAAACUUAAAGGUGAUGAUUUCUCUGUCCAAAAGGAUGGUUUUUGGGCAUUAUCCAAUAUUUGUGAUUGUGGAUCAGUAGAACAGAUUGCAUACGUUGUGAAAAGUGGGGGUAUUGAGCAAUUAAUUAAAGCGCUUCAUUCCAGUGAGAUGCGGGUCAUUGUGGUCGGAUUGGAGGGUUUGAAAGCAAUUCUACAGCAUUACUUCGAGAAGGAUCAAUCAAUCAGAGACAUCCUUUUACAAAUUGAACAACAUGGUGGAAUUGAUAUUUUGGAGAGACUUGAAAGUCAUCAGUCCAAUGAUAUCUUUCGUCUUGCUCGUGAGAUAUUGGAUUAUUUUGACAACUAA